AUCUGAAUAGCUACAACACCAUACAUCUCUUUGUUUCAUAGAUGGAGUUUUUACUAAGCUGUAUGAUCCUCCUCUUUCUAUUAGCAUUCACUCUCUAUUUUCUACUUUCUAAAUGGACUAAAAACAACUCAAACAUGAUCAAGCUUCCACCUGGACCUACUCCUCUUCCUUUCAUAGGAAACCUCCAUGAAUUAGGAAAAAAGCCUCACAAAUCCUUAGCCAAAUUAGCUGAAAUCCAUGGUCCACUCAUGAGUCUAAAGCUAGGCCAAGUAACAACCAUAGUUGUCUCUUCACCCAACAUGGCAAAAGAAAUACUCCACACACAUGAUCAUGUCUUAUCUAACAGAGUCAUUCCACAUGCUGUGACAGCUUAUGACCACUACAAAUAUAGCAUAACAUUCUUACCCGUUUCACCUGUUUGGAGAAACUUAAGAAAAAUAUGCAGUAAUCAGUUAUUCUCUAACAAGACACUUGAUGAGAGCCAGAAUCUUAGGAGUCAGAAACUUCAAGAGUUUCUCAAUGAUAUUAAUCAAAGUAGUCUUGUUAACGAAGCUGUUGAUAUUGGAAAAAUGGCUUUUAAGACCGCGAUUAAUUUGUUGUCAAACACUAUUUUCUCUUUAGAUUUUGUUGAGUCUGCUGGUUCAGUUGGAGAUUUCAAGGAGCUUGUUGUGAAAAUAACGGAAGAAUCUGGAAAACCAAACCUUGCUGAUCUUUUUCCUGCUCUUAGGAUGUUUGAUCUACAAGGUAUUAAAGCUCGCACCUCUGCCUAUGCUGGGAAGAUUCUUGAUAUCUUUCAGCUUCUAAUUGAUCAAAGAUUGGAGCUGAGGGAAGUACAAGGUUCUGACACAAACAAUGACAUGCUAAGUACCUUGCUCAACAUUGCUCAUGAAAACAGCCAAGAUAUGAACAAAACCAAAAUCCAACACUUAUCUCUGACUUUAUUUGUUGCGGGUACGGAUACAAUUUCAUCUACGCUAGAAUGGGCCAUGGCAGAAUUGGUCAAAAAUGAAAAGAUUAUGUCAAAAGCAAAACAAGAGUUGGAACAGAUAAUUGGCAAAGGCAAACCAGUGGAAGAAUCAGAUAUAGCUAAACUUCCUUAUUUACAAGCUGUAUUAAAAGAGACAUUUAGAUUACACCCUCCAGUUCCAUUUUUAAUUCCUCGAAAAGCCAGUGCAACUGUGGAAAUUGGUGGCUACACAAUCCCAAAAGAUGCACAAAUAAUGGUCAAUGUUUGGGCUAUUGGUAGAAAUUCAAGUGUUUGGGAAAAUGCAAGUUUGUUUUCACCAGAGAGAUUCUUAAAAUCUGAAAUUGAUUUUAAAGGUCACGAUUUCGAACUUACGCCAUUUGGCGCUGGAAGAAGAAUUUGUCCUGGCUUGUUGUUAACUACAAAGGUGUUGUAUUUGAUGCUGGGUUCAUUAAUCAAUUGUUUUGACUGGAAAUUUGAUGAUGACACAAAAGUUGAUGAUAUGAACAUGGAGGAUAAAUUUGGAAUCACAUUAGCCAAGGCUCGACCAUUAAGAAUCAUUCCUGAAAAAGUAUGCAACUAGUACUUGGAAUUUGUUUAUAAAGAAAUACUCGAGAAAUAUCCAAUAAAAAGAGAGUAAAUUUUAAAUUUAUUUAAAAUUUAAUUUCUUUUUUCAUUGGAUUUAUGGGAUGGUUGUGAUGCGAAGGAGAGGGAAAUUUUUAUUUUUAUUUUUUAAUUAAUAAAAAUAUUGUGAUAUGUAUUAUGGUUGUGUCCAUCUAUGAGUUUUCUGUUUGUUUAUAUUUAUCUCAUUACAUAAAUAUACUUAUGGAGAAAAGAUAUAUUAUAUUAUUA